GUGAAAUGCUUCUUAUCUCUUAGCUGGUGGUUGUGAUUCUGGUGCUUUAGACAUGCCUUUUUUUUUGUUUCGUGGUGACUUUGUUCUUCCGAUGAUUAUUCUUUCUCUGAUCCGCUUUUUUUUUUGCGCUGGUGCUUGAUCACGAUCCUUUGUAAAUUAAAUAAUAGAAAAUGGUAAAAAUAAAAAAUAACAAAAUUUUAUUUUAUUUUUAGUUGUGAAUAAAUUUAAUAUGUAAAAUAUGUUUCUAUUAUUUUAUUUAUUUCUUUGUUCAUCUUGAAUUUUAGUGAACAAUAAAAUAGAUUAUCAAACUCAUUUGAUAAUAGUUAGUGCGAAAAAUAUUAGAUAGUUCACGAUUAUAAAGUAUUUGGCCAAAUUGCUAUAAUCUAAAAGAAGAAUGACCUAAAAUGCCAAAAAAAAAGACAUGGAUGACACGUGUCGCAAAAGCCCAUGCCACUUGUCAGAAGAAGGGAAAAAACCAACUAUAUAUAUAGAUAUUCUGGAUGUUUUUAAAUAUAUUAAAUCUAAAAGUAAUUAAUAUAUAUAUAUAAGUAUAUAAAUCUAUUUUGGAUACCCAAAAUACUUCGGUUCAGAUCGGAUUAGGUUUCAGUUAUUCAAAUACUAAAAUUUUGAAUAAUUCGGAUACUUAAUCAAUUUCGGUUCGGAAUUGGUACUACUUAUUCGGAUUGAGAUCGGUUCGGUUCUUCGAAUUCGGGUAUUUUGUCCAACCCUAAAUAGAAACAUAAAAAACAAAUAUCAUCAUAUUUACACCUGCACAUGUGUGCAUGUCAAAAUCUAGGUUUCUUUAUAAAAGCAUGUUCCCCUUGGAUAGACCAAAGAAAAUUAAACAACUUUCUUUUUUCUUAUAAGCAAUGUCUCCUUUUCUUUUUCUUCUUCAAGUAAUAUUAUUUAUCUUCUAACAUAAAUAUCUCAAUAAAUAUAUUACAUCUUCUCUAAGCUUAACAAGUCAGCAGACAUCACAAAACACGAACGCCAAUUCAACCUAUAUUUAUGACGCACGCACGUACUAUCUUAUGUAGUACUUCAUGAACUGAUACAGAAUAUACAUCUUCACAUACCUAUCCAUAACUGAUUUUACUAAAUAUCUUUGUAACAACCCGGUUUUGUGAACCGAACAUUAAGAAAACAGAUUUAUUAAAUAGUCAAACUAUAACAAACAAAUUUGUAUACCUAAACUGCGUCAUCGUAGUUAUUGAUAUUUUUCUCUGGGUGGACUCGCAUCACAUCAUUAUUCUUAGCCAUGAGAUUUGAUUUCAAAGCUACAAAAACAAAAUAGAAAUUCUUAAAGCGUAAUAUAUCAGAGAAUAACAGCAAAAAAAAAGAAUCAGAGAAUAACUAAAGAUAAAAGAUACCACUUGUUUAACGUUCUGCUUGUGUUUAUGUUUGUUGCAGAGAAGGCUCUUCAGUUUUAUUUUGUUUGUCUUUUUUUCUCUUUCCUUUUCAUUUAUGUUUUUCUUGGAUGCCAAAGAAAUAUAAAUAGUUUCACAAAGAUAAGAUAGAUAAAAGAAAAUGUUUGUAUAUACCCAUUUAAUUUGUAGAUAGUAGAGUUGAGAUGCUUAUGGUUACCUUUUUUGAACAAAGCUUAUGGUUACGUUUUUGCUGAUAGAGCUUGUUCUUUUAUUGAAAAAUUAAACUUUGCAACAUAAACACAGUCAUGUGUCGUUUUACCUGAAAUAAAUAAUCAAGAUUAUUAAUUGAGAAUAAGAGGAAACUGGAUCUAAACUAAGAGAAAACAUUUACAAUGAGCAAUAAUCAUCACUUGUAUGGAAUGUUUUUGAUCAGUAAAAGAAAUCAACAGCAGGAGAAAAACCAAUGAAGGAGAAAGUAUGCAACACUAAAUAAGAUAGAAAGGUAAACGAAAAAACAGCUACACUACGUGAUCUUUAUUUUGUAAAUGGAGGUGAUAAUGUGAGAAAAUUUAGGAAUCUAGGUAUUUUUUAAAUUAAUUUUUGUACGUGGAGUCUCAAAAUCAGUUUUUAAUCAUUGUUAUUUUUUUUUUUUUUGUAAAUCAUUGCUUUGCCAAGUGUUAAAUUUUGAUUAGCUAAGUGACUUGUGAUUUAGUAUAUACUAGUAUUAAGUCCAUGCUAUGCAUGGGAAUAUAUAUAUUUUUUGGUAAGAACAUUUGAAUGUUUUUUAUUUCAAAUAAAAGAAAAUUUUAAUUAUGUAUAACUAAAAUAACAUGUAUUAUUUAACUUUGAUAUAUAUAAGAUAAUGUUAACACACUUAUCAUUAACUAACCACAAAUUAGCUUGUUUGAUAUAAAUAUUAGUUUGAAGCUUUUUUGUAUGAUUUAUCUUUCAUUGGCUAAUUAUAUUUAGUAAUUCAUUCGGUAUCUCCAUUUACAAAAACUAAUAUUAUAAAUCUAAUGAACAAUAAAAAAUUAGCAUGUUAUAAAGAAUAUGUGAUCUUUAUCGCUUAAACAAUUUUAUUUGAAAACACAGUAAAAGAAUUUGCAUAAAAGGGGAUAGUGACCAUUAUAUUGAAAACACACGAACAUAUAACAAAGAGAAGCAUUAUAGAAGAUAGCAGAUAUACUUAGUAUUUUGCUACAGAAGAAAUUUAAACUUUACCUGUUCAAAAGAGAUAACAUGAGGAGGACACAAUCCUCGUAGUCCCAAUCUAUCUCUCUCAGUCAAAGGAAGGUUAAGUUUUAAUCUCGUCUUCUUCUUCUGCUCGUAAAAAAAGAGUAUCCUUUCAUAUUUUGUUUCUGAUCGAUUGACCGUUUCUUUGUUUAUAUAGACAUGAAAAGUAAACAAUAUCUAUAGAUAAAUAUGGUGGAACAUCGUUGGUGUAGUCAGUAGUGGGUUUAGAACUGCUAUACGGUUGCUUUUUUUUUACCAACAUACGGUUGCUUUUCUUUUGUUCUAAUUAAUUUUCUUUUUAAAUUUGUAAAUAUUUAUUAUGUGGCAAAUUAUGAUUCGUCAGGCGACUUACGCUUUAGUAUAUUUUUGAGCAAUAAUCAUCACUUGUAUGGAAUGUUUUUGAUCAGUAAAAGAAAUCAACAGCAGGAGAAAAACCAAUGAAGGAGAAAGUAUGCAACACUAAAUAAGAUAGAAAGGUAAACGAAAAAACAGCUACACUACGUGAUCUUUAUUUUGUAAAUGGAGGUGAUAAUGUGAGAAAAUUUUGGAAUCUAGGUAUUUUUUAAAUUAAUUUUUGUACGUGGAGUUUCAAAAUCAGUUUUUAAUCAUUGUUAUUUUUUUUUUUUUUGUAAAUCAUUGCUUUGCCAAGUGUUAAAUUUUGAUUAGCUAAGUGACUUGUGAUUUAGUAUAUACUAGUAUUAAGUCCAUGCUAUGCAUGGGAAUAUAUAUAUUUUUUGGUAAGAACAUUUGAAUGUUUUUUAUUUCAAAUAAAAGAAAAUUUUAAUUAUGUAUAACUAAAAUAACAUGUAUUAUUUAACUUUGAUAUAUAUAAGAUAAUGUUAACACACUUAUCAUUAACUAACCACAAAUUAGCUUGUUUGAUAUAAAUAUUAGUUUGAAGCUUUUUUGUAUGAUUUAUCUUUCAUUGGCUAAUUAUAUUUAGUAAUUCAUUCGGUAUCUCCAUUUACAAAAACUAAUAUUAUAAAUCUAAUGAACAAUAAAAAAUUAGCAUGUUAUAAAGAAUAUGUGAUCUUUAUCGCUUAAACAAUUUUAUUUGAAAACACAGUAAAAGAAUUUGCAUAAAAGGGGAUAGUGACCAUUAUAUUGAAAACACACGAACAUAUAACAAAGAGAAGCAUUAUAGAAGAUAGCAGAUAUACUUAGUAUUUUGCUACAGAAGAAAUUUAAACUUUACCUGUUCAAAAGAGAUAACAUGAGGAGGACACAAUCCUCGUAGUCCCAAUCUAUCUCUCUCAGUCAAAGGAAGGUUAAGUUUUAAUCUCGUCUUCUUCUUCUGCUCGUAAAAAAAGAGUAUCCUUUCAUAUUUUGUUUCUGAUCGAUUGACCGUUUCUUUGUUUAUAUAGACAUGAAAAGUAAACAAUAUCUAUAGAUAAAUAUGGUGGAACAUCGUUGGUGUAGUCAGUAGUGGGUUUAGAACUGCUAUACGGUUGCUUUUUUUUUACCAACAUACGGUUGCUUUUCUUUUGUUCUAAUUAAUUUUCUUUUUAAAUUUGUAAAUAUUUAUUACGUGGCAAAUUAUGAUUCGUCAGGCGACUUACGCUUUAGUAUAUAAAGGAUAUAUGAUCGUACAUAUCCUCUUCCCUAAUUGAAAAGCCCUAGCCGUAAGAAACCAUCUCCAUCUUCACGAUCUCUCACUCUUUUGUUGCAGCCAUGUAAGAGGAGCUCUGCCAUUGUUGACGCAUCACCACCGUAUCUCUUCUCUGUUGUUAAUGGCUUACCAUCUCUAUGAUUCAAUCUCCACCGAAGAACACAGAUGUAAUUACCAUGUUGGAGCUAGUUGGCUACGUUACGAGACGGAGAGAGAACGUGACCAUAAGCCGGCGCCACCGCCAUGAUCAUCACCAACCACCACGGAGUUGUGCCCCUGUGAACCUAAACCCACCAGACGUGUGACCUAUAGCACCAGAGAUACUUUUGCGCAGCAGAGAUUUCUUCAUGUCUUAACCUGAGGAGAAGAGAUGGAUACAUCAGACCCAUGGCUGAGGAGUGGUUUUGCGAGAGGUUUCAAGUACGAUCCAGGGGGUUCUAGGCAACUAGUCAUGGCUCUUUGGAUAUAUCUAGUUUCCAGGAAUCUGUAGAAACAAACGGAAUCAAGAUCGGAGUUGUACAGCAAAAGUUAUUGACAUGCUUCUUGGACAAGAAUAAGCUUAAGCUGUUGGAAUGCUGAAACAGUUCCGACCAGUGUCAGAGUAAAGGCGAAACGGUGAACCUUAACAAAGGCUUUCAGUCUGGGAAUUUUACAGUAAGUAUUUAACUCUUUCAGUUAUCGUCUCCAACAAACGGAUUGUCAUUCCAAGUUAUUUUCUGAGAGUUAAGCUUGUUUUCGUGGGAGGUGUUGGUGCAGUCUACGUUUUCGACCAGUCUGGAGACGAAGCUAAUUGAUUAAUCAGAUGGUGCCCGAUCGGAGUAAAACCGGUGGCUACGGAUAUAGGACAUCUAGGGCUACAUUCGGACUGGAGGGAUUGAAAAGUUAACUACUUUCGGAGUUGCUGUGAUAGAGCCAUCAAGGGCUAUUCUGUGCUUCUCAGGUUCUUUAGAAUCCGUGACAAAGGUGAGACUGACGAGCAGAAGUUAUUGCUAUCGGAUUGGUGUUUUGGGAGUUUUAUUUCUUUCUUUUUCAAACUUGCGGAUUCUAUGCUUUUAUCGAUAUUUUCGGGAUUUAUUAUGUUAUUUGGAUUUAUGGCUAUUUAUUGGAUUUACGACUUUGGAGUUGAUUUUUGAGAAGUAAUAAAUAGAGAUUUCAGACUUUUUAUUUAUUUAAGUUAUUUUGAAAAAUACGGGUGUUACAAUCUUACUUACGUGAAGAGACGAAAGCAUUUGGAUAUUUGGGAAUGAUGCAUGUGGUUAAAGAGCUAACUGCUUCAUAUGAUUUAACAAAAGGACGCCAUGAACAAUAAGGAAACAUGGCUUUGCACGUGGCAGCCUACAGUGGCUACCCUGUCUCAUGAAACUCUGAGCUCACUCUCUCCAUAUUUGCCCUUCACUAGAAACAACGUCGGUGAAACACUCCUUCACGAUGGUAUCUCAUGUUUCGAGACUCCAAUGUUCUAGAGGCUUGAAAAGCACAUUGCUAUCAUGAACUGUCAUCACAUCGGCUUCUUGGAAAUCAUUGGGUUGUGUCGUGAACUAUUGAAAUAAUGAGGGGACAUACGACUCUUCAUUUUGCAAUCCUCGGGAAUGUUCCUUUGGAGUUUGUGAGAUGCUCAUGUCGGUAAAAGCGAUUGAUAUUAACAUUAAGGAUGUUUUUGGCAUGACUCCGUUUGAUAUGAUCACGCACAAGCCACAGUCUCCAACGUUUUAGAUUUUAUGUUGCGGCUAUUAUAUUAUCUAGAUAUAUGUUUAGCUGCUGUGAUAGAGCAUCACAAGGUGGGUCGUGUCUCACUUGAAGGACAAAGGCAACGUUUGCAGCCUAAAAGCUUAUAAUAUCUACUAUACUAAAAUUACUAAAACAAAAAGUAUGAUAAUAAUCCAGUGGCAUAACACGGAUAACUACCUAGUCCGGAUAAUGCUUAUUGUUUUAUAAAACUUACAAAUUUUACCUAAAUAUGAUUUUAUUUUCAUCAAAUUUUCUGCCAAACUACAAAAUCUUGGGUUCUUGUCAAAAUUACAAAAUUGUGUUUUCCGCCAAAAUCGCAAAAUAUUGUUUUUUCUGCCAAAAUCGCAAAGCAAGUUUUCUCACCAAAAUUUCAAAAUGUGUUUUCUCACUUAUCACAAAAUCAUGUUUCUCGCCAAAACCGCAAAAUCUUGGUUUCUUACCAAAUUUGCAAAAGCAAGUUUUCCGUAAAAACUGUCAAACGAAUUUUACUGCCAAAGUCGCAAAGGUGUAUUCCGCCAAAAUCAUAAAAUCAAGUUUUUCCACUAAAGCUACAAAAACGAGUUUUCUCACCAAAAUCAAUAAAUUUUGUUAUCCCAUUAAAACCGCAAAAUCUUCUUUUCCUUUAUAGAUCAAAAAAUCUUUUUUUUUGUUAAAACUAAAACCUCAACAUUGAGUUUUUAUCUGUCAAAACCGUGAAUUCGAGUUUUUUAUUCUAAACCGAAGUUUUCCAUUUUUCUCCAAAACCGUGAAAUCGUGUUUUUGGUCUAAAAAUGGUUUCACCUCUUUGUCGGGAACCCAAACAAUGUACCUCCCAAUGAGAAUUGAACCAAGUGAAAAGUGCCUAGGCACUCCAUUACCACAGCUCAUUGGUAAAACCUAUUUUGAGUAAAUUUUUAUAGCUAGUAACUAGCACCAUCCACAUCCAAAAAUACCUUUUAGAUUUUUUGGAGAGGCAUAAUAUCACCACAUAUAAUCAAACUUGUAAUUUUUGGUAGUCGUCUGUUAAAAUAGAAACCACUGGGAUACAAAUAUUUCUCACGAAGUCUUGUUUUCAUGGUAAAACUACAAUAAUAAAAAUAUAAAAAGAUAUAGUGAAACUAUCCUCCUAUAUAUUAACCGAAAAGUCACAUAAGUGAAUUUUGCUGCCAUUCAAAGAUGAAGGUUAGCAUUAAUUAUUUUAAUUUGAUUUGUUGUUGGUAUUUGAAUUUUCAGUUAUUUCAUUAAAGUUUUUAAAAAUAAACUAAUGAUAGAAUUAUUAAAUGUAAUCUAGGUUACCAAACAAAUAAUCAAACAUCUUAAAUAUAGAUGAAUUAACAUAUUUUAUUUAUAGAAACAAUUAAAUAUCAUAAAUUACAUUAAAGAAAUUCAUAAUAUACAUAUAAAUACAUAUUAUAUUAUAGAAAAAAAUAUAAUUGAUUUUAAAUAUCAUUCUACUAAUAGUGGAUGUAAUAAAUCAUAUAUUACAGAAAAUAAUUACCCUAAACCUAAUAAUAUUAUAAGAAAAAUAGAUAUUAUGCUUAUGAUAAUAUAAUUUUUAAUAAUAAUUAAAAUAUUUAAAUUUAAUUUCUAAUUUCAAAUAGUUUGAUAAUCAAAAAUUAUUUUUAGAUGAGUUGUUAGAUUAAAGAUAGUUCAACAACAUAAAUUAGUCAUCAAAAUAGUUUUCUUACAUGGAAGCAAUAUUAAAAUUGGUUCAUGUAAUUGGUCGUAGAAUUAGUUUUUAUUUUAUUUUAACACGUGUAAAAACAUAAAUACUCUAACCUUCAAGAGAGAGAAAAAUUAUUUUUUGUGUAGUUGCAAGAUGAUGGUCAGAGACUUCUAUAGGUCUGAUAUCGGCUUUGCUGAUUUAUUUUACUUAUGUUUAUUUGAUUUGUUUGAUUGUUUUUACUUUAUUUUAAAUUUAACAAAAACAAAUAUUGUUCUUUGAAUAUGAUUUAAAAAAAUUACAUGUUACUUUUAGAUAUGAAGAAGGUAUUCAAAAAGUAAACACAUAAAGGUAAAAUGUAAUUGUUUUUAAUCAUAUUCAAAACUUUUGUUUUUGCCAAAUCUUUUACAAAGACACAUAAAAGAACAAUUAUUGUUUUGUUAAUUUAAAAUAAAUUGAAAAAAAUCAAACAAAUCAAAUAAACGUAUGUAAAAUAAAUCAACAAAGCCGAUAUCAGAGCUAUAGAAGUCUUUCGCCAUCGUCUUGGAACUACACCAAAAUGCUUUUUCUCUCUCUUAAAAGUUAGAGUAUUAUGUUUUUACACGUGCUAAAUUAAAAUAAAAAGUAAUUAUACAGCCAGUUGAACCAAUUUUAAUUUUCUUACUAUGUAAAAAAAUAUUUUUAAUAGCUAAUUUAUGUCGUUGAACUAUCUUAAAUCUCACAAAUUUUCUAAGAAUAAUUUUUGAUUAUCGAACGAAUUGCAGUUAGAUAUUAGAUAUUAAAAUUUUAAUAUCAAAUUAUUCAAAAUUGUAUGAUCAUAAAGAUAAUAUUUACUUUUCUUAUCAUAUUAUUACCGCGAAAUCGCGGACAAACACUUAGUAAAUAUUAUAUGAAUUCCUUAAAACAUAUAGACUUGUAACUUGAAUAUCUAUAGGUAACAAACAUACCCUAUAGGACCUUUUACAUUAUAAAUUUAUUGUUUGUAAGUUUUUGUGGGUUGAAUUUAAAUGGGCUGAAUUUUGUAUGGUUUGAGCUGGGAUAUGUAGGAGUCAACUCUUCUAAUGGCUCUUCAGCAGAGUUUUCACUUCGAAUUAAGCACACAAAAACACAACCGACAUAUAGAGACGUGGCAGAUAAGGAAAUAAUAGAGUGCGUUAAGACUUUUCCACCCAAAGUUUUGUGAGUUGGUGUUGACUUGGACAAAAAUAAACUCAUCAGUUGGACGAAAGCGUUUUCCAGGAGCAGGUGAUUCUUGGAUCUUUUGUAUUUUCGCAUUUUUCACGUCUUUGUACAACGAUUUGUGGAUUGAAUCCCUCAGAAUAUAGUUUAUUCGAGUCCUUGAGUUUUGUAAAAAAAAAAAAAACAAAUUAUAACUACUGGAUCCUCCUCCUGUGAUUAUUGACUGCUAGUUUCAUUGUUGAACAGGAAAUUAAUGGCGGACUCACUUUUAUCAUUUGGAGUCGAAAAGCUUUGGGACCUCCUUGUCAGAGAAUCUGAGCGACUUCAAGGGGUUGAUGAUCAGAUCAAUGGACUAAAGAGUGAUUUAAAUAUGUUGAAGUGCUUUUUGGAAGAUGCAGAAGCCAAGAAACACACAAGUGCAAUGGUGAGAAACACUGUGAAAGAGAUCAAAGAAAUUGUUUAUGACGCAGAAGAUAUAAUCGAAAUCUUUCUUCUGGAGGAAGGACUCGGAAAAACAAGUAGCAUCAGGAAGAGAGUGAGAAGAUUUCCUCGCGUUAUGGUGAAACGCAUGGGGCUUGCUUUCGAUAUGAAAGCCAUAAGCAAUAGAAUAUCUAAGGUGAUCCGUGAUAUGCAGAGUCUUGGCGUGCAACAAGUCAUUGUCAAUGAAACGUAUGCACAGGAGAGACAAAAGGAAAUGCGCCAAACUUUUUCUAGUGAUACUGAAGACCAUCUCGUGGGUUUGGAGGAGAAUGUUGAGCAAUUAGUUGGCUAUUUGGCGGAUGAAGAUAGUAGCAGCCAAGUGGUUUCCAUAACCGGGAUGGGCGGUAUUGGUAAAACCACCCUCGCAAGACAAGUUUUUAAUCAUGAGAUAGUAAAAAGCCAUUUUCCAGGACUCGCAUGGGUAUCUAUCUCACAACAGUUUACAAGGAAGUAUGUGUGGCAGACGAUCUUGCGGAAACUUAGGCGAGAAUAUAAGGUGUUAGAGAUGACAGAAGAUGAACUCCAAGAAGAACUUGUUCGGCUGUUGGGAAUACAAAAGACUUUGAUUGUCCUUGAUGAUAUAUGGAGAGAAGGAGACUGGGACAUAAUAAAACCAAUAUUUCCACGACACAAAGGUUGGAAGAUACUUCUUACUUCCCGCAACGAGGGUGUAGCAUUACGAGCAGAUCCAAAAUGUUUCACUUUUAAGCCAAAUUGUCUAUCUCUCGAUGAAUGUUGGUAUAUUUUUCGGAGGAUAGCAUUUCCUAGGAGCGACACGGCCCAACUUAAGGUUGAUGAAAUGGAAGAGAUGGGUAAGCAAAUGAUCAAACACUGUGGAGGACUACCUUUGGCAGUGAAACUGUUAGGAGGUUUGCUAGCUUCCCAAUACACAUUGCAUCAAUGGAAAAGGAUAUAUGAGAAUAUAAGAUCUCACAUCAUUGGAGGGACUAGUUACAAUGGCGACAACAACAAUUUGGUUUAUCAUGUAUUAUCUUUGAGUUUCGAAGAGUUGCCUAGUUGUUUGAAGCAUUGCUUCCUCUACUUGGCUCAUUUUCCAGAAGAUUGUCCAGUAGAUGUUGAGAAACUGGCCUACUACUGGGCCGCGGAAAGAAUGCCAAAACCGGAGUAUGAUGAAAGAACAAGUGUUCGAGAUGUUGUUGAUGGCUACAUAGAAGAGUUGGUUAAAAGAAAUAUGGUCAUCUCCGAAAGAGAUGGUAGGACUUUGAGAUUUGAAAAGUGUCACUUGCAUGACACGAUGAGAGAAGUUUGUCUUCUUAAAGCCAAAGAAGAGAACUUUCUACAAAUUGUUCAUGGCACCACCUCUGAAUCUUCUUGUAAAUCUCGCAGACUCGCUAUACAUCGGCUUGAUAAAACAUUUAAUGAAGAGAUGGAGAUAAACAAUCCAAAACUUAGAUCUCUCUUGGUUAUCUUGAAGGACAUGAGAACAGAUUGGAUGGUACCAGGUUUGCGCUUUACCGGGCUAAAGUUGAUGAGGGUUUUAGAUCUCUCUAAAGCUCAAUUUGAUGGAGGGGAGUUACCCUCAAGCAUUGGAAAUCUCAUUCACUUGAGAUACUUGAGUUUAUAUAUGGCACAUGUAACUCAUCUACCUUCUUCUAUGCGGAAACUGAAGUUGCUGAUCUAUUUAAACCUAUGUGUUGAUGCUAGAUGUUCACUCUACAUGCCCAAUUUCUUGAAAAAGAUGCGAGAAUUGACAACCCUCUGGUUUCCAUUGAGGAUACAUGACAAGGUAAAGAUGGAAUUGGGCAAUCUAGUCAAUCUGGAGACGUUAGAGAAUUUCUCAACAGAGCAUGGGAGUGUGUGUGAUAUCCAGGGAAUGACAAGGCUCAAAACCCUCUCUAUCUCAUUCAAUGGCAAGGGGUGUACUAUGGAAACCCUAUCUUCAUCUCUGAGUGAAUUGAGACACUUGGAAAAUCUUAAUAUAUAUGAUGCUUAUAAGUUGUAUGCUCCCACAGUUGAUGAAGAAGGAUUUUGUUUUGAUUGCAAGAAUCUCAAACAGCUCAAGUUGAGUAUAUGUAUGCCAAGGUUACCUGAUGCGCAACGCUUCCCUUCUCACCUUAGAAGCAUAACUUUACGUGGUUGUUGCUUAGAGGAGGAUCCAAUCCUGAUUCUAGAGAAGCUUCUUCACUUAUAUGAUGUAAGUUUACUAAAUAUAUCUUUCUGUGGGAGGAGAAUGGUUUGCUCGAGUGGUGGGUUUCCCCAACUGCAUAAGCUUGAAUUUGGUGGAUUAGCUGAGUGGGAAGAGUGGAUUGUAGAAGAAGGCUCCAUGCCCUUUCUUCAAACUCUGACUAUUCAUAAUUGUCGAAAGUUGAUGGAGCUUCCUGAUGGGCUGAGGUUUGUCACUUCCUUGGAAGAACUGGAUAUGAACACACAUACAUUAGAAUUUUGGAAGAAAUUGUCCAUAGGAGGAGAAGAAUACUACAAAGUCCAACACAUACCUCUUUUGAAUAUCGUCUAACAUAAAGAAAAGGGUAACUUUCCUCCUUUGAACUCUAAAUGAGAAGCUCAUAUCUGUACCUUUGUUGUUUCAGAGAGGUGAGGCUUGAUAUCUUUUAAUUUGUUUAGAGAUUUUAUUGUAUUUUUGUUGUCACGCAACUAGGCUUCAGAAUCUUUGUCGACAACAUCGUUGACUUUGAGAACCUUCCAUAACCAGAUUCUGUUUUGCCAAGAUAUUUAUUUGGACAUAAUCUAUCAAAACACCGCCUGUGUAUCUUUCACAGUUAAUCUUUUUCUCUUCCCUACAAGUUACUUGGUAGGUUUUCUUAUUUUCUAUUUUUUUUUGUCAAAAAAUUGAUAAUGUGGAGGGACUCGAAACAUAGACACUCGCUUGACCAAACACACUAACCACACGGCCAAGUUGUAUUUCUUGUAUGUUUAAACUACUAGAGAUUUUUUUUUUCUGUUUCAAGCUUGUGAUUAGAAUUCUCUUGCAAUUAUAACAAGGGACUUGUGGGUGAGACAGCUAUGCCAUUUGGAUUUCAGUGAAUACUCAGAGUUGAUGACCAAGUUACUCAGAUACAAUAUCUACGAUUAUGCCUAAUUUAUCUACUAAUAAUAGCAAUCCCAAUUAAUUCCAAUGGACAUGUCUUUUUAUUAUAAAUUUGUCCAUGCCCGUUUGUGGUACCUUUUCGUUUAUAACCGUUUUUUUUAAAUUGUAUAUUUUUUUAAUUUAUGUCUUUUCAGUUCUAUUUAUUAUAUAUAAAAUUUAAUAUUUGCAACUGUCUAAAAAUGAACCAUUACAACCUUUAAAUGUUAACCAUUGCAAGUUUUGGUAUUCAAACAUUGCAACACAUUUGGUGAUCAACUUUUGAACGUAAUUAAUCAUUGCAAUCUUUAAUAGUUAACAGUUGCAAUCUGGGCUCUAUAUAUAUCGUAGUGUGAGCAAUGAAAACUGCGACAACAAAGAAACAUCAAAAUAAAAACGAAAUGGUACUUUCAUUUGGUACCUUCUAGUGGAGUCUCUUGAAAAUACGGUUAGAUUUAGAAGUAUCUAUUUCGUGAUGAUGCAUCCUUCUCCACAAGUAUCAAGGUCAUGGUAAAAUUGAAUCCAUAACUUAAUUCCAAGUUAGUGAUAGGGAAGAUUGAACACCUUCAGAGACUUUAUCAGAAGGAUAAUUAAAAGGCGUAUGUUAAAGACAAAAAAAAACGGACAAUACAAACAUGUGGCUAACAUAUAUCUACCGCCAGAGAGCAGCACUCUCAUAGGGAGACAAAAACAGUGACAGAGAUCAACUUCAUCACCGGUAAGAGAAGACAAUUUGAAACAACUCAAGCAAAAAUGAAUGAAAUUAUGUGUAAACAACACAAUUAAAAAAAUUUAAAUAACAAAAAUACUUUUCUGAAACCAUUUUUCUCUCUGAGGGUGAUUCAUACACGACCAGUUACAGACUCCCCUAUACUGUUUUUGGAUAUUCCGGCAGCUUAGGUCGUCGGAGUUUCUCGUUUUUUUUUAUUUUUCUGUUUGUCUCGUAACACAUCUACAGCCUUGAUGGCGAUAUUGGCGGGAUUGGAUUUCUUCAAUCGAUGUCAACUUUCUGUUGAUUAUUUUCCAAUCUAUAGAGUGAUUGACCGGUCUUCUCUGGCAGUGAUGUUGACACUGUUUUUCCUCCUAUGGCUAUCGGUGUUGUCCCGAGUUAAUAUGCAAUGAGUUUAUGACAAAAAGUUGUUUUUCUACAAUUAUUAGUGUUAAGAAUGUUUUAAAAUUAUGUUUUAUUUAUACUCACUGUUUAUACUCACUGUUUAUUUAUACUAUGUUUUUCGAUAUGCAGUUAUUGGAAAAAGUUGUGAAAACGUUUAAUGUAUUUUGUCAUCAAUAUGCAGAAUUGUCUCUUUCCAUUUAAAAAUCAAAAUGGUUUUAAAAAGUAGUUAAAUCAAUAAAUGUUUUUCUACAAUUAUUAGUGUUAAGAAUGUUUUAAAAUUAUGUAUUUUCAUUAUAAAAGACAAAUUAGUUUUUAAAAGUAGUUAAACUAAUUAAGUGGUUUUAUAAUUAUUUAUUUUAAUUAUUAUGUGUGUUUAUAAUAUAUAUUAAAAAUUAAAUUAUUUUAAAAAUAUAUUUUAAUAUUUUAAUAAGCAUCUUUAUUUAAUUAUGUGUCUUUUCAGUUAAGGUACUAAUUAACUCAAAUCUGAAAAGUCAUGAUUGUUCGUAUAGAUAUUUUAGAAAACUAUAAAUAAACCUUGUCCAUUAUUUUUUAUAAAAUUUUAAAAUCAUGAUAUUUUCAUUAUAACUGAAUGUAUCCAUCUUCUGAUGACUUCACAUUUUCUAAAGCAUUGGUUCCAUGGUGGUUUCCAUUGAAGUCGACAUGUUGGCAAAUCUAUUAUAAUUUGUACAAAGAAAAAAUGACUCACCAUAUAAUCAUGAUGAGUUGAUGACCAUUGAGAAUUACCCCCAAACUAACCAUAGAAAUUAGUUUGGACAAAAAACAUUAGACCACUACUAGCAUAUAUGCCGGAAAGCAAAAUAUAGUUAAACAAAAACAACACAUCUAGAAUUGGCUUACUACAUUCUGACCAGAACAUAUGCGAACAAACUUUUGAUCAGAAGAGGAAGACUUUGAGUGACUGUAAUUGUCAGAAGACAACACAAAGGAGUACGAUCGAUAAAUAAAAACUGCAUAUGAAUCCAUUCAUCUCUCAACUCCUUCGUUGAUUUCAAAUCU